CUCUGAAGUGAAGCAGUUUCUCUUUCUCUUCUGUUGUGAACAGAGAUAUGAGCAUUUAAUAAACGUCAAUAAACCGAAAGAGCCGAUGUGAGCCAGAGGAGAAACAAACAGCUGAUGGCCAGCGCUGAGACUGAAGUAAGACGUGAACCUGUCUGCAGACUCUCAGAGGAGCCGAUAAUGAGUGAGAUGGACAUGCGGAUCCCUGUGGAGCCGGAGCUCAGUGAAUCUGAGUUCACCUGUCACUGCUGCUACCAGGUUCUGGUGGACCCCACCACACUCACCUGUGGACACAGCUUCUGCAGACACUGUCUGGCCAGCUGGUGGGCCUCCGCUCUGCCCAGGGUCCGCAAAGACUGCCCAGAAUGCCGAGCGGUGUGGGUGGGCUUUCCCAAAGUCAACAUCCUGCUCCGGGAUGCGGUGGAGAAGCUGUUUCCCGCUGACGUGAGCCGACGGAAGAAGGCCAUCCUGAGUGAUCCGCAGUUCUGUCGUGUUCUCCAGGCUUUCCAGCAGCAGGAGACGAGACAAGCCCCUCGUGCAGCUCCGCCACAGAACCCACCGCAGUUCAAUAUACUGAACCAACCACUGUUUAAUAUGUUGAACCAACCACCGUUUAAUAUGUUGAAUCCACCGGAGUUCAACAUCAGAGACUUUUGCUCUGGAAUCAGUAUAGUGCUGUGCUGCGUGGCUAUGCUGGUGUUAUUGUACCGUGUGUUCAGUACCGACUCCAGUCAUGAGGUGCUGCUCAGUAAACCGCUCAGCAGGUGGAGUGCUGAUGAUGUCACUCUGUGGGUGGAGCAUCUGAGCGUCUGGACCAAUCAGUAUAAAGAGACCUUCUGCAGAGAGAAGAUCAACGGCAGAUUACUGUUUGCUCUCAGUGAUGAAGAUCUGUCUGCGGCUCCGUUCAACAUCGAGAAUCAGUCUCACAGACAGAUCAUCCUGGAGGAGCUGCACAGACUCAAACAGCGCCGGGUCUCACUGAACCUCUGGCAGUACAAGGAUUUGAAUUUAGGGAAGACUCUGUUUCUGCUGUUGAGUUUGCGCAGAUUUCCCCGGCUGACGCUGCUCUAUGUGUUCCUGUUUGAUUAUGAGGACACGUUCCUGCCCUUCAUUCACACCAGCUGCCCUGCACAAACCACACAGGACAGCCUGAUGGACACGCCGCUGGAUUGGCCGGGCUGGCAUCAGUGGGCGGAGUUUCUGCUGAUGUACUUCCUGUUGCCCUAUCAGCUGCUGUCUGCGUUCGCCUGGCACUGGAUGAACGUUCAUUACUGGACAGCACGCCUCGUCAUGCUACACGCUGUGUUACUGUCCAUGCUGGAUGUGCAUUUCUUCUGGACGCUGUUGAAGAGAGGACAGAUGAGGACGCUCCCCAAGCGUGUUUGGCAGGAGGUGUUAAGAGUGAUAAUGGAGGAGUCUGUGUUUGUGCUGCUGUGGUCUCUGAUUCCUCUGUUCUUCUGUAACUUUAUAUUCUACUACAAUCUGUACAUCUACCCCUUCAACACUGCAGCGCUGGUCAAACGAACACUGCUGCAGACAGACACGCAGCAGCGGAGGAUCUGACACACACACACACACACUCACACACACACACACACACACACACACUCUCACACACACAUACACACACUCUCACACACACAUACACACACACACACACACACUCACUCACAAACACACACUCUCUCACACACUCACACAUACACUCACUCACUCACUCUCACACACACACUCUCUCACACACACACACACACACACACACACACACACACACUCUCA